UCGGGUAACUUACAGUCAGGUGACGAGGUAUUUUGCUAAUGUGAUGGCUCUCUGGAGAGGGAGAAACAGAUCGGGGCUGGGAUCUGAGGACCAAGACCGCAGUUACCGAUCCCAGCCCCAGUUCGAGCCAAACCCUCCGGAGUUCAGGACAACAACCAAAGCCAGACGAUCCGCAAUGCAAUUGGAGGCUGCAUCCUCGCUGCCCGGCGUCCGCGCCGACUGGGACGAGCUGCGGCGAGAAGCGCGGCGAAUCGAGGGUGAUCUCGACGUCCGCCUCUCCUCUUACGCGAAACUCGGAGGCUACUCGGAUCCAAAAAGUCCCGCGAGCGAUUCUCACUGGAAGUCGAUGGAGAUGGAGAUCGAGACGCUACUGGCGAGGCUGACCGACGUGAACGAGGCGAUGAGCAGGUGCGCCGCUGCGGCUGUGCCCACCACUUCUGUGGCGCAGAAGCUUACCAGGCACAGAGACAUCCUUCACGAAUUCGCCCAGGAGUUCAAGCGCACAAGGGGGAACAUAAUGUCAAUGAGGGAGCAUGCUGAGCUACUUACAUCAGUACGCAAUGACAUUAAUGAAUACAAGACAUCAAGUAGCUCGCAAGCAGUGCCAAAUUUGUUGAGAGAACGUGCAGCUAUUCAUGGAAGCAUUACACAGAUUGAUGAGGUGACCAGUCAAGCUGAGGCAAUAAAGGGAGUACUAUCAGCUCAAAGAAGCACUUUCGGUGAGAUUCAGGGGAAAGUGAAACAGCUAAGUGACAGAUUUCCUGUGAUCCGCAAUCUACUAGGAAUGAUAAAGAGGAAGAAGUCCAAGGACACAAUCAUUCUCUCUGCUGUUAUUGCAGGAUGUACAUUAUUUCUCAUCAUUUACUCGAUCUCCAAGUGAUGAUCUCAAAAUUAUGUUUUGCUCCCAACUUCUAGAAAGGUUGCAUGUUUUUUAUUGCCAUUAAUCUAUUCAGUUUGUGUAAAGAUUUUGAUGGUCUGACAAGUUAGGACUGCCUUAAGUCAUAAAUUUUCUGCUGGUUUAGUGUCUAACUUUCCAGUUUUCUAGUCCCUUUGAUUUAAAGAAAGGAUAUUUUUAUGCUUA